CUUUUUAUUUCCUUUCUUGCUUCCAAUCUGAAUUUACGCGUAUUUGUAUACUUUGCUGUGCCUGGCACGCCUUUCUUUCUCGACUGACAUAGCUAGCAGUACCGGCGGGGGUCCAAAAUGCGCAAAAAGUACAAGACGAAAUUCCCAGUUGCGCGGAUCAAAAAGAUCAUGCAGAUGGAUGAGGACGUGGGCAAGAUGGCGCAGGCAACGCCGGUGCUGAUAUCCAAGUCGCUGGAGCUCUUCAUGCAGUCGAUCGUGGACGACGUGGCGAAGCACGCGCGGGCAUGCAAUGCGCGCAAGAUCAGCACGACGCACCUGAAGCGGUGCGUGGAGAGCACCGAGUGCUACGACUUCCUGAAGGACAUCGUUGAGGACGUGGUGGACGACAAUGAUGGCGGCGGGGUGGAGGCGUGUCUGGCACGAACGGAAGCCCAGCCGAAUGGCGAGCUGGGAGGCGGCGGCGGCGGCGCGCCGUUGUCGAAGAUUCUGGAUGUGCCGGUGGCGGCGCCGGUGGGGGACGAGCCCGAGGGGCAGGAGGAGCAGGAGGAGCACAGGGAGUCGGAAGAUAACAUGGAGGACGAGACAUAUAGCCCAAAGGCUGCUGGCCGCGGGCGGGGGAGAGGCAGGGGCAGAGGGCGCGGCAGAGGCAGAGGCCGUGGGCGCGGAAAGGCUGCUGCGUCAAGCGAGUGAUCCGUAUCUGCUUCCAGCUACUGCUACCGUCCCAUCUGUUUUCCGAUUUCAAUAUUUCCAAUAACAACCAAAGCGCUAUUUCAUCUACGCCAUAUUGCCACUUUUCACCCAUAGACAGCGCGCGCUCACCCGCCAGAUUGCGAGCAUAGCACAGCUACUAAUUUACUCAUCCUGAGUGCGCGUCGGCGGCUCAGGCACCGGUCCAGGCUGCGGCUGCGGUGGCUCCUCAUCGCCUUGGUCAUUGUUUUGCUGGGCGGCAUUGCCUGGGACCUGCACAGGCAUCCACAGGUGGCGGAAGCCAUUCCACUCGCGCACAUGGUCGAGAAUUCCUUGUAGCCCUGGCUGCACAUGCUCUUCCUCCUCGUCAUUCCCGUCCAUUGGUUCGUGGUC